CGGGAACUCGCGCAGUGGCAUGGCUCUCCAGUGCCAGUUUGUCACGUGUUGAGUGAGGUCGCGCCGGGCACCCAUACCCCUCGCGGGCAAGAGUGAAGGUUCUUCUUUUACGAAAAAAAUAUAUAUCUGAUAUCAAUUUCUUUUGUGAAUGAUCGUUGACUAAAACUGACAUCUAUAGAUAUACGUGUGUAUUUUGUGACCUUCAAAAUCACGUGACUUUAACAACAGGGUCAGACGAUUAAUUGUAAUUAGUGAAAGUUAACAAAAAAUAACAAUGGUUCUUGAGAAAGACGUGAUGCUUAUUAGAAAAUCAAGAAGAAUGUAAAAAUGGAUGAUACGGAGGAAACAGCAUGGAUGAAGAAAAUAUUUAGAUAACUCAGAGUGAAAAAAAUCAGUGAAAAAAAAUAAAACAGUGAAACAAAAAGAAAAUAAACGGUAAGAUAAAGAAAUGAAAUGAAAUAAUACAAUAAAACAGUGAGAAAGAAGAAAACAAAAUAUCAAACAUUCGUACAUUUGACAGAAAAAAAUGAAACGUAUCAAAAGAGGAAAGAAAACGGUGACCCACACCUAAAAACAGAAAACGAGUGACCGUAAAAAAAAUUAAAAUAACCAAACAGUUUCAAUAUUCAAAACUCAAACCAACGCUUUCUCGCAACACAAAUAAAAACAAUGGAAUUUCACAAGAAAAACAAAACAGUGAUUUCUUACAUUCUCAUCCUAACGGCGCUGUUCUUCAUCCCACCGGCGACUUCGCUUCCAGGAGUGCUGGAAGCGGGUUCCCGGAAAUGGUUCUACGGCUCGGAGGACACGGGUCAGCCCUAUCUGGCGACGGAGGAACUGAACAUGACCGCCAUCUUGGAUUACACUGUCUCCUUGCCCUGCCGUGUCUUCAAUCUCAGGGACAGGACGGUAUCAUGGAUUCGCUCCCGAGACCUGACAGUACUGGCCGUGGAUAGACUCACCGUUACAACAGAUUCUAGGAUUAAAGUGAGCCACGUCGAGGAGAGCGAGGACUGGAUUCUGGAAAUCAGGGGAGUGACCAAACGCGACCAAGGAACCUACGAGUGCCAGGUCAACACGCACCCCAAGAUCUCCACGAAGAUUCAUCUCAAGGUGUUGCCGCAGCAAGAUCACACAUCUAUCCUUGAUAUUCCGAUUUCUGACACCGGUGUUGUAAACGACCACGAAGACGAGUCAGGCGUCGGGCACGAGCUGCGCGUGCGCGUGCUCGGGCAGCGUCGGUUGCUCGUGGCAGAGGGCGCGCUUCUGCAGUUGGUGUGCGAGGCGACGGGGCGCCAACUGGCUCAACGACGUCACGAAGCGCCGCUCGUCACCUGGACGCUCGACAGGUUCCCCGUCACGUCGCAGUGGCCGCAGGACAAGGUGUUGGUGAGAGAAUCAUGGGCAGGCAUGAGCCUCGAGUCCGAACUGCAAGUCACGGGCGUAGCAUACGGAGACGGAGGGGUAUACGCCUGCAACAUCCCCGGAGCAUCGCCAGACCGCGUCACCGUGACCAUAGUACCCACACACACAGUGGGAGUAACAUCCAAGUUAGCCGACUCAGAUUUUGAGGAAGAAGAAAAAGAAACUGAAGACGACACAGGGUCAGCGGCAUCAGCAAGCCGGGCGGCAGUACUUAGCGGGGCUAUAAUUCUCGUCCUCCUGCUUAUUCAGGCAGCCCUUUGCGUCUUCUACAUCAAGAAAAUUUGAGUCCCCCUUCAAAGGAGACAGUUGUAUUUUCUAUUUUGAAAGGACGUAUGUGCCGUUUUCUUUCUGGUCAUGCCGAAACAAAUCGAGCUUUCUUUCCUUGCCAAGGUGUGUUGCAAAAGAUUACAAGAAAAGUGAGAGAGAAAAGAGAAUGACUAUUUAUUUUUGUAUCUAAAGCUAUUGCGGGUCGUCUUUGUGAUUCCGGUGGCAACGGGCGGAGGGAAAGAAGCAAGAUUUCAGGUUUCGCAAAAUUCGAAAAGUUGCAGGCAAAAUUUUAGAAGACAGGCACAUUGAUGGAUUUCGUAAAUAUCUUUACUAUUUUCGUAGAGUUCAUUUCUUCUCUUACAGAAAGGGGAACUACGCAGGGUUCAAAUGUGUUGCACUGUGGACGGUCUUCCAUGACACGCCAGUGACCAACACCUAAUCAGUGUUAUUUCGUUGUUGUUAUUCUUUAACAAUAUUGUUUUGACGACGCAAUGUCGCGAUUAUCCUAAUAAACAAAUAAAACCACUAUCUACAAGUGUUCAAGAUUAAUUAAGGUACUACAAUAUAUCUUUUCAUUAUGAAUGGCCGAAUAUUCAUUAGCAAUUACAAAUUUCCGAAACAAGGCGUUUGUCACAGACACUAGUUUUAUCAAUAUUAUUAAUUGUAUCAUUAUUACUGUUGCAAUUAUAUCGUUAUAUUAACAUUAUUGUUAGUAUCUCCAGGUGUUACGAUAUUUUAUUAUGAUUAUUUAUUAUUAUUGCUAUUAGUUAUAAAACCAUAAACAUUAUAAGUGCCAUUAUUUAUAAUGAUUCAGAUACCAAUCUAUAUAGAUUACGGUUUACUAAUUUUGUAAUUGCCAUGUCUAGAUAUUUUUUUUUUUUUUUUUUUUUUUUUUUUUAUCACGUAUGAAUGGUAUUAAACUUUUGGCCGAUCUUUGAAAGUAACUCAAAUCUUUAGGGAGUAGUUGUAGAAAACUUUCGGAGUUUCUUUUUUCGUUAACAGUUUUAUCAUUUUUACUAUGGAUUAUGAAGGCUUUGGCGAGAGCAUAGAUAGUUCUUACUUCUCUCACACAAAGAAAAAAAAUUGCCUUUUUUACAGAAAAAGUCCUUGAUUUACAUUUAACCCGUUGUUACAGGUUGUAAUAAACGAAUGCAGAAAAUGCGGUCUGCAUCUUACCUCAGUUGCCUGACACAGAGAACACGUGCAACUUUUGUUUCCUUUACGAAAAUAUCCAUUUAGUUUAGAAGAAUCAGUUGCAUUUUCUUACAGCAUAAGUUACCUGUAUUUACUAAGCCCACUGUUCUUUUUGCAGUAUGGACUGAACAUGAACUCACCGUAUUGGUAUAUAUUAUGACAUGGUGAUAUUAAUCCACAAUCUUAACUUCUUAAGAGCAGACUAAAUACAUUUGUAUUAUAAAAUGAAAACCACAUGAUAGCAAUGACAUGCACAGGCUUUCAGAAAGGACAAGAGCUUAUUUGAAGAAAGGGCACUGUCCUGGCCAAAAAUGUUUCCAAAUUUGGCGGUACGGGCACUAUUCUAGGUUUUGAGGAAAAGAACACUUGGGUUUCUUUGGUUUUGAUUAAAAAAGGGCACUUUUCUCUCCCAAAUUUUGAGGGCAAUUUUCAAGACUGGCUGAAAAGCCACUUUGCUUUCCCAGUUACUGACAAGAAUGGCACUUUACUUCCCAGAUUUUGAAAAUAAAGGACGCUUUUCUAGAUUUUGACCUAAGGCUAAUUUGUUCUCUCAAAUUUUGUUGAAAAUGGUAUUUAAAAUAUGAAGCAGAUCAAGGGCUCUAACAGUCAUCCCCCUGUGCAUGUCUCCGUAUCGCAGUUUUUCGUUAAUCUAAAUAAAGUGUUUUCAUUUUUUUUUUUUUUUAGAUUUGUCGAAAAAGAAAUCACUGAAACAUAUUUUGGAUUACGGUUCUUAUCGACGGAUGUAGCCCAUCGAAGGUUUAUGAAUCAACGGUAUUAUUAUUA